AAAUUAAAAUUAAAAUUUGUAAAAGAUAGGGUUUGAUUCAGGAAGAAUAAAUCUGGGAAAUGAAGUUAAAUUAUUAUUAUUAUGAAUGAUAAGUAAGUAAAUUUGUUGCUUUUAUAUGAUGAUUGCUGAUGAUGAAGUGAAGGGUAGCAGAAGAGCAGCAGCGGCCAUUUCCUUAAACGUUAAACCUCUCUUAAGAACCCCAACGCCACCUGAAUCCAGCAUUUGUCCCCAUCUCCACCAAUCCCCCGAAUGUCAAACGUUGUCGUACUGGACAACGGUGGCGGCUUCAUUAAAGCCGGCCAAGGAGGUGAACGCAAUCCCGCCGUCGUCAUCCCCAACUGCCUCUACCGCCCCCUUACCUCCAAGAAGUUCCUCCACCCCACCACCACCUUCUCCUCCUCCCCCGAUGACCUAACCUCCGCCGCCAUUCGCCGCCCCAUCGACCGCGGCUACCUAAUCAACCCCGAUCUCCAACGCGACAUCUGGUCCCACCUCUUCACCUCCCUCCUCCACGUCACCCCUUCCUCUUCUUCCCUCCUCUUAACCGAACCUCUCUUUUCCCUCCCUUCCAUCCAACGCUCCACCGACGAGCUCGUCUUCGAAGACUUCGGCUUCAGCUCUCUCGUCGUCGCCGAUUCCCCUUCCCUCGUCCACCUCUACGAGACCAGCUGCCGUCCAUGUGGCCUGGUUUCCGAGGCCCAGUGUAGUUUGGUGGUGGAUUGCGGCUUCUCUUUCACGCAAGCGGCGCCUGUAUUUCAGAACAUCACCUUGAAUUAUGGAGUGAAGAGAAUUGAUUUGGGUGGGAAAGCUUUGACUAAUUAUCUCAAGGAGUUGGUUUCCUAUCGGGCCAUUAAUGUCAUGGACGAGACUCUUCUAAUGGACGAUGUUAAAGAGAAGCUUUGCUUUGUUUCUCUUGAUGUUGAAAGAGAUCUCCAGUUUGCCAGGAAACAUGGAAAGGACAAUCUUUUUAGAUGUACUUAUGUCUUGCCUGAUGGUGUUACUCACACAAAGGGUUAUGUUAAAGACCCUGAAGCAGCAAAGAGGCAUCUUGCAUUGACCGAUGGGGCCUCUUCUUCAGAAGCUAUAGAAACAAAGAAUGAAACAGAUCAGUUGGGAGUUAUGGAUAAAACGGCAGAGAGGAAGAGAGUUGAUUUAACUAAAAAUGAGUUUGACUUAACAAACGAGCGGUUUCUUGUUCCUGAGAUGAUCUUCCAACCUGCAGAUUUGGGAAUGAAUGAGGCUGGACUAGCGGAAUGCAUUGUUAGAGCUGUCAAUGCCUGCCAUCCUUAUCUUCAUCCUGUACUUUACCAAAGCAUAAUAUUGACCGGUGGGAGCACAUUGUUUCCUAGAUUUGUUAAGAGACUAGAAAAGGAUCUCCGCCCUCUUGUCCCAGAUGACUACCAAGUCAACAUAACAACACAAGAAGAUCCAAUCCUAGGUGUGUGGCGAGGGGGUUCACUUCUAGCAUCCAGUCCUGACUAUGAAUUAAUGCGUGUGACUAAGGCAGAGUAUGAGGAGCUUGGAUCUGCACGAUGUCGGAGGAGAUUCUUUCGUUGAAUUCUCAAGAUCUUGAAGUUUAUUGAUACACGAGGGGGGAUGUUGCUGGGUAUCAAGUGCUCUUUCAAUGCUGAACAUCAUUCUUAAAUGAAAAGCUUUGGCGGCAGACCCAUGUUGUAAGAAACUUGAGCAUUUUUGUCAUGCUCGCUCAUCAAAUGGUGAAUUUGCUAUAAUAUGGCUCCUAGAAUGUUGUUCCUUGUGGAGCAAGUAUCUUGGAGAUGAAGUUAAGCCGCCAUUCCAUUACUCUGGUAGAGAAGCUACCUGACUGAACCUACUCAUGAGAGGGAAAUGACGUGUAUUAGUCGCAAUCUGUCUUCAAGUUGCGCAGCACGCUACUCGAAAGUGCCCACCCAUGUAUGAUUAAUUAGGUACGAGGUUUUUUUGCCAUAUCUCAAAAACAAUUUCGCUGUUGCGUUCGCAUCAAUCAUCCAUAUUUCUUCAUGAAAAUAUAUUACCAUAUCCAUUCCUGAUA